CACUCCACCCUUAUCUUCUCCCUUCUCUCUCUAGCGCGUGCCCCACACAUCUCUACCCACUCCCGAUGCCGGCCUCGUGCGCCACGCCGGCGGCGGCGCUCCCGGUCUCGCGCCGCGCGCCCCCGCCGCCGCCGCCGCAGUUCGCCGCGCACGUGCCUGCCGCCCGCCGCGGCUCCUCCUCCGCCACGGCCUGCCGCUGCACCACGGCCUCUGCCUCAGCCUCAGCGGCGGCCGCGGCUCCUCCAUCCGCCUGGGACUGGCCCCGCUGGACCCGGCACUUCGCGGAGGUGGACCAGGCCGAGAGCUACGCGUCCGUGCUCGCCUUCCGGCUCGAGGAGGCCGUGGAGGGCGAGGACUUCGCCGAGGCCGCCGCCCUCAAGCGGGCCAUCCGCGACGCCACCGCGCACGACGCCGUCGCCCACGUCAUGGCCCAGCUCAAGAGCGCUAUAGAGGAACAGCGGUACCAGGACGCGUCCAGAUUGACCAAGCUCGCCGGAACCAGCUUGGUAGGUUGGUGGGUGGGAUACGCUAAGGACACUGAUGACUCGAUCGGGAGGAUUGUGCGGAUAAGCCCUGGUGUUGGGAGAUACGUGGCCAAGAGCUACAGCCCAAGGCAAUUGGUCACUGCAUCCUCAGGGUCUCCAUUAUUUGAGAUAUUCCUCGUCAGAGACGAAGACGAGACGUAUACAAUGAAGGUGGUACACUUGCGACCAACAAAAGGAACUUCAAGUGCAUCGCCCCUAUCAACAACAACCACCGAAGGUCGAGUUAAGGUAGAAAAUGAUACUUCAUCAGAAAGUAGUGCUCCAUCCGACGGCGUUAAAGAGGAAGCAAAUACAGAUAGUCAGUUAAAAGGAAAUGAAGAUACUGAGGAGAAAACACAAGAUGUUGGAAACACCAAGGAGAGUAGCGUUGAAGGGUUGAAGAGUGUUUUGAAUUUUUUCAAGUCCCGGAUUCCUGAAUUCAAAGUUCAAGUGAUAAAUGUAGAUGUGCCGGACGAAACUGAAUUAGUUUCAGAUUCACCGGAAGAAUUAGUGCAAGAUGAUGUGAAGUCCACAUCAGAGAACUCGUUGGAAGAGCCCGGCACUGAGGAAUUCGAGGAGGAAGAUGUUUCUGAUGGAGAAUCAGACUCGAAUGAAGACAGUAAAAGUCCAGGAGUGAAGCUUUUCAUUAGUGGAGUGGUUCAUAAUAAAGAGGAUAUGGCUGGAGCAAAAUCUUAUGUUCGAGUUCCUGCUGAAAUAAGUAACUUGGAAAAGGACUCCUUUGAACUGUACAUUCCUGGAAAAGGUUCUGAUCGAGAUCUGACUGAAACAAAGGCCGCAAAGCAGAAAGUUGCGGAUAUGGCUGCUAAAUUAGCAUCAGAGCUCAUGCCUUCUGAUGUUGCAAAGGCAUUAUGGGGCACCACCAAGAGUUCUUCAAAGAUGAUGGAUCCACUGCAGAUAAAUAAAGAAGUCCAGGAGCUUUUAAAACUUACACUGAGCAAGGCCCGAGUCAAGCUGACUGAGAAUACCAUUUUCAACCGGAUCAUUACGGACUCUAAUGGCUCAGAUCCAUUUAAUGGUCUCUAUGUGGGAGCAUUUAGUCCAUAUGGACCAGAAGUUGUGCAGCUCCGUCGAAAGUUCGGCCAUUGGAAUAGUACUGACGAAGUUGAGUUUUUCGAGUAUGUUGAAGCAGUCAAGUUGACUGGUGAUCUGAGUGUCCCUGCUGGACAGAUAACGUUCCGUGCUAAGGUUGGGAAGGGCAGUCGUCUUGAGAAUCGUGGUGCAUAUCCAGAAGAGUUUGGUGUGACUGCCAGUUAUAAAGGCCAGGGAAGAAUAGCACAACCUGGAUUCAAAAACCCUCGGUGGGUGGACGGUGAGCUAUUGGUGCUCAAUGGCAAGAGUACAAUUCCACACCUUGGUGGUGCAGAGCUCGGUUUCUUGUACAGUGUGCCUGAGCAGAGCUUCUUGGUUCUCUUUGACCGGCUUACACUUCCCGAGUGAAUGAGACAGCGGCGAAAAUAGCUGAUUCUCACGUGCAAAUUGCGUGAACGCAGAGGCUGACCCGAGACGCUUUGGGCGAUCAAAUAGGUUACAUCAUGCGGCUUUUCCCACCAUCCUCAGAGCUUCCCUGAGAAGGUUGGCUCCUACUUGACAGGAACCAACCGGUCCAACAUUUUUGAGGUUACAGAGAAAGCUGACAUGUUCGUUCCUGGGAAUGUCGUAUUAAGCUGUCAUGUGACCCAAACCUUAGGCUUCUAAACAAUGCGGUAUAGAUAUAUCCAGAAUGACCAUUUUUGGGCUUCUUGAUUUGUUGGUUUGUAUGAAAGGGUUGUAACUGGUUUCGGUAUUGUUUUGAUGCUACCAACAAAUAAAUAAAAAUCAUACUAUCUGUAUCAUAAA